AUUCUUCAGAGAAAUUCGACAAUUUAAAUGUUAUGUAUUUUUUGUUGAGGAUCUUGAAUGAUUGUCAAAAGGGCAAAAAUAGAGGGACUUAAAGGACAUUACCUCUAAAAUAAAAGUCCGAAGUCCGAACCCACCCUUUCAGUCUUCUUCUCCCCCAACUCGAUCCGGUUCGGCUGCCAUUUCGACUCCACCAGCAGCAUCAGCAGACGCCACGGUAGUAGUUCCUCCAUCACAGAGCAGAGUCGACGUCGAGAGGCGGAGGCCAUGGCGGGACUACUAGCAUGGGCGGCAGACGUGGUAGGCGGCCACGGAAGCGUUCACGGCGACGAAGCCGACGACAUCCCGAUUCUCUUCACGGAAGAGCAGCAGAAUUACGUUCGAGAAUUGGAUCGGAAGUCGGCUUCUCUCACCCGCGCGAUCCAAGAUCUGCGACAGAGGUUGCCUCCUGCCGACAUCUCCCAGCGCCUGCCUCACCUUCUUGCCCACUCCCUCGCCUCCAAUGCCGCUCUGACGAUGCAGUUGAACGCUCACUCUGCCACCAAGGAGCAGACCCAGUUGAGAGAAGUGACAUUGCAGGAAGAAAAUGCUGCAUACGAAAGAGCUAUUUCAAAUUGUGAAAGCAAGAUACAAGAGAAACUUCAGGAAGCAGAUUUACUUCAAAGGAAGCUGAAGGAAAUCGAUGAUGCAGAGAAUAUUUUGAGAGAGCAGAUGGAAAAUGCAGAAGCUGCAAAACUUAGUGAGUCAGCAAAAUCUAGUGAUCUUGUUGUACUGAGAAAGGAGGUUAGGGAAGGUUCAGAUACAGAAGCUGCCAAAGUUUCUGUGCUUGAGAAGUUGGAGGCCAAGAAAAAGGAACUGAGCUCUAUGGAAGAAAUUGUUCAAGAGUUAGAAAGAAAGUGGGCACAUACCCAGGAGAAAGCAUUAAAACAGCCUACUCCAGCUCAAAGAGAGAAGAUAUUGGAUAAACAGCUUCACAGCUUAAUCGAGCAACUGGCAGCGAAGCAGUCACAAGCAGAAGCCCUGGUGAGUGAAAUUCAUCUCAAAGAAAUGGAGUUGGAAAGAUUGAGUGGGUUGUGGAAGCAGAUUGAAAGCAACAGCAAUGGUGAAUCCAAUUACACAGCUAGGAACCGAUACGGAAGGAGCAACUCAUUUAAGAUAUCUGCAGGUUCCUUAGAUUACAUGUCUGACAAGCUUCCUCAUUCCACUGGCGGUCGGACUGAGUACCAGCAACGACUUGUGUUACUGAGGUCGGCUUUUGUGCUCUACAUUUUGUUCUUACACAUUGUAGUGUUCAUCAAGCUUUCAUUUUGAGAGGAACACUGUGCAAUGAAUUCUUUUUCUUAGUAUUCGUUGUACAUAAUGAUUUCCCAUACCAUUUGUAUAAUUUGUUUCUCUGUCUUUUACAAGAUAAAGGUUUUGAUUCAUC